AUGACGCGACGACCAUCCAACCCGCAAGAUGAGACGACACCGCUGCUCAACUACCACAAUGCUACCGAAGGCGAGGGCCGCUGGUCAUUAGCACGCCGUCGAUCCUCUGCAUUUCUGUCCUUUCUAUCGGAGCCAGAGGACAAGGACGGCGACGAGUACCUCCAAUGGCAGCGCAAACGAGCCCUGAUCUUCAUCCUCGUUCUCAAUACGCUCUACUUUGUCGGCAUCGGCAUCUGGAACUCGUUUGCUGUCGAGCUCAUCCAGACGCUUGCAUGCGCCGAGUACUACUAUCCCGUACAGUCCGAUGGAUCGGUCUUCCCAACGCUUCCCGCGGCAGGGGACCCAUCAGACUUGUGCUCAGUCGCCUGGGUCGACAAACGAACCAACGAAGUGUCGACGUAUUUGGACACAUUCAGUAGUCUGACGAGCUGCAUAAUGUCGCUCGUUCUCGCGAAGGGCGUCCUUCCGCACUUCCGUCGACGAACGAUCGGCAUCGCGUCCGUGGGUUUCACGCUGGUCCUGUACAUUCUUGCAGCCUCGAUCCCGAGCCAUUACUCGUUCGACCCAGCUGUGCCGUCGACGUCCACGCUUCACCCAACAGCUUCGCUCAACCUUCUGCUCGCUCUCUUCGUUGUGGGAGGCUUGGUUGGUGCUCCUCAGACCGCCGUGCCGCUCCUGGCCCAGGUCAUGGCCCUGGACGUUUGCAAGGAGGAUGAAAAGACGUCCGCCUUCGCCCAGGUCUAUGCUACCCAAACGAUCGGCAUGGGCAUCUCGUCGGUGCUGCUUCGACUCAUCCUGCCGGCGUUCGAUCUCAACUUUAGCAUCCUUUACCACACUGGUCCAUUCUCACCCUUCUGGAUGGUCGUCAUCAACUUUGCGAUCGCGUUCGUCCUCGUGGUCCUGUUCCUCCCGGAGACAAAACAUCUGGCUUCUGCAGCACCACGCUCGCGCAGGAGCUCCAUCUCGAGCGAAGGCAGCUUGAUCGACUCGCCAGAGCCUAGCAGAGCAACUCCAACCUCUCCACACUCGGAGUCCUGGAAAACAGCUUCCCUUCAGUCGGUUAAAGACACCCUGAGUCUUUUCGGGUAUCUGCUCCCCUACCAACCGUUUCCAGAAGCCAAGAAGGACUACAAGCUCCCCCUCAUCCUCUGUGCGAUUAUCACCUGCGAUACGAUCACCAUGAUCUGGUCGAACCUGGUCGUCUUUUGCUCGACGCAUCUGCACUUUGGGCCGAAGGAAGUGUCGACGCUGCUCGGCGUGCUCGGGGCGAGCAAGGGUCUAUUCGCAAUGUUCUGCCUUCCUCCGAUCGUCAAGUUGGUACAUCGGGUUGUGAAGAGGAGAAUGCGACAGGAGGCCCUGGCUGCGUCAGUGGAAAGUCUGCCGGACGCAACGACGAGGCUGGUGAAGCGCGAGGAGUCGGUGAUCAAGACCGAUGGGAUCGUUGCUACGGGUUCGCUGAUGUGCGAUUGCUUGGGAUUCAUUGCAAUGGGUAUUGCUGCGUCGCACCUUUCGGUCGCCGGCAUCUACGGCUCCACGUUCUUCCUGCUCUUCGCAUCGGGAGCGUUGCCAUCGGUACAAGCGCUCAGCGUCGACUACUUCCUCGCGCAGGACCGACCCACCGAAGACCCCGUCGCCGCCCGCGAUGCCUUCUUGGGCUUUGUCAACCUCCUAGCGACCGUGAUGCAGACCACCGGUCCGCUUAUCAACAAUGUCAUCUAUGGAUGGUCCAUCGAUCACGCCUUCCCCGCGCUGACGUUCUUCUGGACCGCUACGCUGUCUUUCAUUUCGCUGACGUUUGUCAAUUCGGUCGGCUUCUUCUCAUAG